CAAGUUUUAACAGACUUGCGAUCUGAUAAACCACACUUCACCUUUCCAGGAGACUACGACCAAUCUUUCUACUUGAGGCAAUUCUCGUCUCGUCUCGUCUCGUCAUUUCCCCAGCUGAGAUCUGCCAAGUCAAAGUAAUGGCGGAAGAGAAGGAUGCCACCUCAGUUCCGCUCAGUCAAGCCGUCGCCGACGACCCCGAAGACCCACUCAAAUCUUCUCCCCCUUCAUCCAAUUCUUCUACCCGCAAGGCUUGUUGUUACUUUCUUCAAAGCUGGGUCUCAAAGAAGUUCAUGACUGGAUGUGUAGUACUCUUUCCUGUUGCGGUUACAUUUUUCGUGACGUGGUGGUUCAUUCAGUUUGUUGAUGGUUUUUUCAGUCCACUAUACGAACAACUUGGUUUCAACAUAUUUGGACUGGGGUUCGUGACAUCUCUACUUUUUGUAUUCUUAGUUGGUGUGUUUGUUUCGUCAUGGCUGGGUGCUACUGUUUUCUGGAUUGGGGAAUGGCUUAUAAAGCGAAUGCCAUUUGUUAAGCACAUAUAUUCAGCUUCCAAGCAAAUCAGUUCUGCAAUAUCUCCAGACCAAAAUACAACAGCUUUUAAAGAAGUGGCAAUCAUUCGUCAUCCACGUGUGGGUGAAUAUGCAUUUGGUUUCAUAACAUCUUCAGUCAUCCUUCAGAAAGACGAUGGUGAUGAAGAAUUGUGCAGUGUGUUUGUUCCAACUAACCAUUUGUACAUUGGUGAUAUACUCCUAGUUAGCUCCAAGGACAUCAUAAGGCCAAAUUUGUCCAUCCGUGAAGGCAUUGAAAUCAUUGUUUCUGGUGGUAUGACGAUGCCGCAAGUGAUUUCUCCAGUGGAAAGGGUUGCUCGACCUAAUGAAAGAAUCCCACUUAACAGAAUAAUGUGAUUGUUGAUUGUGUACCCCACCAGCCUUCUAUUUCCUAUAGUGCCAGUGGUUGGGACGAUAUACUUGUUGACUAUGUAAGAGAUGCAAGUUUGAGAAGGAAGGGAGAGUUUUUCAUAUUGUAAUUAGUAAUGAUGUUUAGCAGCUUCCUAGGAUUAUUAUUUGUCAUCUAUUCCUGUCAGUGUUUACACUUUACACUAUUCAAGUUUCUCUGGCAAAAAAUAACUAACUAUUAUGAAA